AUGAGUAAUUUCUGGCCCAGAGGGCGGAGCUUCCCUGUGGGCCCUGCCACUGCUCAGGCCCGGGCUGUUUCUGUCUUGUGUAAGCCACAGUCAGGGUCCAUCACAGCCGCUGAGCUGGCCGUGACGCUCGCCCAGGGCUGUGGGAACCAGGAGGCUGCCUGUGUGGAGGGCAGCAGCAGGAGUUUAGGAGCAGGAGAGAGCGAGGAGGGGCUAGACCUAGGGGCCAGACUCUGUGGACCAGCCAGAGGCUCCUACUCCAGCAUGGAGCCCCGCGCUGCCGCCGCCCGGGAGCUGCUCCUGGCUGCGCUCGAAGACCUAAGCCAGGAGCGGUUGAAGCGCUUCCGCGACAAGCUGCGGGACGCGCCGCUGGACGGCCGCCGCAAACCGUGGGGGCGGCUGGAGGGCGCGGACGCCGUGGACCUCGCGGAGCACCUGAUCCAUUUCCACGGGCCGGAGCGCGCGCUAGACGCGGCGCAAAAGACCCUGAAGAGGGCGGGCGGCUCCGAUCCUGCGGGUGGCCCCGACCCCGGAUUGCGCCCCUCCCCGCCCCGCACAGUCGGCGGGGCCUCACCGCAGUUCUCCCUUCCAGGGCUCGGCCCCAGCUCCUCGGCGCUGCUCUCCGUGUCCGAGUACAAGAAGAAAUACCGAGAGCACGUGCUGCGGCAGCACGCCAAGGUGAGGGAGAGGGACGCUCGCUCCGUGAAGAUCAGGGAGCGCUUCACCAAACUGCUCCUCGCGCCCGAAAGCGCUGCCCUGGAGCACGAGGCUCUGGGGCCCGCGGAGGAGCCGGAGCGACGCGCUCGGCGAUCCGACACCCGCACCUUCAACCGCCUGCUCGGCCGCGACGGGGAGGGCCAGAGGCCGCCGACCGUGGUGCUGCAGGGCCCGGCGGGCGUCGGCAAGACCAUGGCGGCCAGGAAAAUCCUGUACGACUGGGCGGCGGGCAAGCUGUACCACGGCCAGGUGGACUUCGCCUUCUUCGUGUCUUGCCGCGAGGUGCUGGAGCGACCGGGCACGUGCAGCCUGGCCGACCUGGUCCUAGACCAGUACCCCGACCGCAACGCGCCGAUGCGGCAGAUGCUAGCGCAGUCCAAGCGGCUGCUGUUCAUUCCGGACGGCGUGGACGAACUGCCGGCGCCAGGGCCCGCCGAGGCCAAGCCCUGCACAGACCCCCUUGAGGCCGCGAGCGGCGCGCGGGUGCUGGGCGGCCUGCUGAGCAAGGCGCUGCUGCCCACGGCCCGCGUGCUGGUGGCCGCGCGCGCCGCCGCCCCCGGGAGGCUGCAGAGCCGCCUGUGCUCCCCGCAGCGCGCCGAGGUGCGCGGCCCCUCCGACAAGGACAAGAAGUACUUCUACAAGUUCUUCCAGGACGAGUGGAGGGCGGAGCGUGCCUACCGCUUCGUGAAGGAGAAAGAGACGCUGUUCUCGCUGUGCUUCGCCGUGUGCUGGAUCGUGUGCCCCGUUCUGCGCUAGCUGCCAGGCCCUGACCUGUCGCGCACCUCCAAGACCACCACGUCGUACCUGCUUUUCAUGGGCAGCGUCCUGAGCUCGGCGCCCGCGGCCGAACCCCGCCUGCAGGAAGAGCUGCGCAAGCUGUGCCGCCUGGCCUGCGAAGGCGUCCUCGGGGGCAGGGCGCAGUUCUCUGAGAAGGACCUGGAACGACUGGAGCUUUGCGGCUCCAAAGUCCAGACGCAGUUUCUCCGCAGGAAGGAGAUGCCAGGCGUGCUGGAAACCGAGGUCACCUACCGGUUCAUCGACCAGAUCUUCCAGGAAUUCUUAGCCGCACUGUCCUACCUGCUGGAGGACGAAGGGGCUCCCCAGACACCUGCUGGCGGCGUAGGGGCACUUCUGCGGGGGGACCCGGAGCUGCGUGGCCGCCUCGCGCUCACUACGCGCUUCCUUUUCGGGCUACUGAACGCAGAGAGGAUGCGCGACAUGGAGCACCACUUCGGCUGCGCGGUUUCAGAGCGCGGGAAGCAGGAUGUCCUGAGGUGGGUGCAGGAUCAGGGCCAGGGCUGCCCUAGGGCGGCGCCAGAGGGGACAGAGGGGACCCAAGCGCUCCGGGGCGCUGGGGAGUCAGAGGAGGAGGAGGGCGAGGAGCUCAACGACCUGCUGGAGCUGCUGUACUGCCUGUACGAGACGCAGGAGGACGCCCUUGUGGACCAGGCCCUGCGCGGCCUCCCCUAGCUGGCCCUGGAGCGAGUGCACUUCAGCAGAAUGGACCUGGCCGUCCUGAGCUACUGCGUGCGGUGCUGCCCGGCGGGGCAGGCGCUGCAGCUGGUUAGCUGCAGACUGGCCACUGCACAGGAGAAGAAGAAGAGCCUGAUGAAGCGGCUACAGGGCCGCCUGGGAGGCAGCUCUAGCUCUCGAACCACCAUGAGAAAACCCCCGGGCUCCCCACUGCAUCCACUCUGCGAGUGGACCGACGGACAGUGUGGUCUGAACACCCUGACGCUGUCCUGCUGCAAACUGCCCGACUUGGUCUGCAGAGACCUCUCUGAGGCCCUGACGGAGCUGGGCCUCUUCCACAGCUGGCGCAGCGAGGCCGGCCUGCGUGCGCUGAGUAAGGCCCUGGCCUGGCCCCAGGGCCGCUGCAGACACUCAGCAGCUGGGCCUCCAGGAGGCUCCCAGUACGUGUUUGGCCUGCUCCAGCAGAGCCCAGCGCUGACUACCCUGGACCUCAGUGGCUGCCAGCUGUCGGGGCCUAUGGCGACCUACUUGUGUGCCGUCCUGCAGCUCCCAGGGUGCCGCCUGCAAAGCCUCAGGUGGGAGACCCAGACAGACACGGCCCCUUACCUGCUCCUGGACAGCCCCCGAGACCUCCCCACACCCUGGGGACAGGUAUGUCUCCGUCCUCCCCACCAGGAGGAGGGGCUCCCCUCCCCUAACCCCACUGCUGCCCCACCCACGUUCCUCUCCUGGGACCCUCCAGCCUUCCCACUGCAGGCGCCCCUCAGCAGCAAGGGUGAUGCUGCGCACCCCCAGGAAUUGAGAACCUACAGUGUGUUGGCCUUUACUUGGUGCAGGGUGACCCAUUUGCUGAUCCUGUGCCCAUGCACAGUAUGGGCACCCAUAGCCCACUACUCGGCUCCAGCCAUAGGGGAUCAAGCAGGGGCUGCCCCUUGGCUGAAGGUAGGUAGGUCACUUCCCUCCUCAGGAAUUUGGGUCUCAGCAGUAGGAGUGAAGCCAUCCCUGAGGCUGUGUGGUCUGAGCCCAGAGGUGUCCACUCGCUGUCUGAGGACUUCAGAAACAGGCCAGAGGAGAGUGGGCAUGGAGCCCCUGCGCCGGAUGGCAGCUGUGAUGGCACAGGUGGGGGCCAGCGCCCCGUGCACUGAUGAUAAAUUCUCCCUGGGAUUCGUUUUUGUUGGUUUCUGUUGCGCUGAGCCGGGCAUCCUAACAGGUGCUCGAACUCUUCCGUUUGGUCCCCAGCCCAUCUCAGUGGGACAGGGUUGUAGCCCCCGUUUCCCGGGUGAGCUCAGGGGAACAGCCUGAUGCCGGAAGCUCUGACGUGAGGCUUGGCCUCGAUGGGCAGGGCCAGCGACUGACAGCCCCCGAAUCCUGAAGUCUUCUCUGCUCAACCCUGCUGGACUUGGCCAGCUUCUGGGACCCCAGUCAGCCCCUUCACUUCCCCAAAUUCCCUUCCAUAAUCCAUUUUCAAAUCCAGUUAUUCAUUCCACAGAACAGACAAAAAAUCCCUGCCCUCCUGGAGCUGGCAUUCUAGGAGGAAGGGAAAGCAGGGGGCUGGGGGGAUGGAGCCAAUGGUUUCCUCCUACAUGUAAGUAGUCUGGGAAAAUCUGGUUGUGGACGAGGCAUUUGAAAACGGAAGGAAGAGAGGGAUCAACCCUAAGGAUGUCCUGAAGAAAAGGCAGUGGGAUAGCAAGUGUAAAGGCCACGAAGGGGCCUGUCUUGGUUGGCUCGGGCUGCUGUAACAAAAUACCAUACACUGGGUGGCUUGUCAACAGCAUAAGUUUAUUUCUCACAGUUCUGGAGGCUGGGAUGUCCAAGGUUAAGAUGCCAGUCAAUCUGGUGUCUGGUGAGGACCCUCUCCCUGCAGAUGGCUGUCUUCUGGCUGUGUCCCCACAGGGUAGAAAGAGGGCGAGCUCUCGGGCCUCUUCUUAUAAGGGCAGUAAUCCCGUUCUUGACAGCUCUUGACCUAAUUAUGUCCCAAAGGCCCCACCUCCAAAUACCAUCACACCGGGGAUUAGAAUUCAAUGGAUGGGUUUGGGGGGAUCACAUUCAGUCCAUAGCAGGGAGCGUGCUUGGAAUGGUGCAGAAGCAGCAA